AUGGGGUGUAUUGCUUCAAAGUUAGAAGAAGAAGAGGUGGUGGCUGCAUUUAGGGAGAGAAAACAUCAACUAAAGUUAGCUGUAGACAGAAAAUAUGCGUUGGCUGAGGCACAUUACAGAUACUGCCAAUCGCUUUUUGGUGUCUCCGCCGCCAUUAGUCUUUUUGUUGCUCGCCAUUCUUCGCCGCUGGCGCCAUUUUCCAUCACAUUUCCAUCACCUUCUUCCCCCACUCGUCCAAAAGAAAAUGUGGUUUCUAAUCCUUUGUUUCUCCAGCAAACACCAUCUGAACCCACCAAAGCAACCAUUGCUCAUGAAUCCUGUAGUUCUUCAACAAGUUCAGAAUCUUCUGACGAAGAAUAUGAGAAAAAGAUUGAGAGAGAGAGAGGGAGAAGCCACAGGAUCUCUGAGGAGGAUUUGAGGAUAGUAAGGGAACAAGAAGGAAUUCCAGAACUUGAAGAAGAAGGGGGAGGAGGGGAAAGAAUGGAAGGAGAGACACGAAUUCUGGAGAGGAAGAAAAGCACGAUGAGUCUGAGAUUGAGGCCGUGA